AUGUGCCGCGUGGAGUGGCAGCAAUACCUGAGUUCUGUAGUUAUACAGGAGUCACUGUGUAUUACUCAUAUUACGGUUUAUGUUACCGGGGUGAGGCUCAUAAUCAGAGACAAUACUGGACAAUGGAGCUGUAGUGACAGUGUAAACAAAAGGCCAGAUCUUCAAGCUCAUGUGGCCACAGUUAUUGAUGAACUUGGAAGAGCAUCAGCAAAGGCCCAACAUCUCCCAGCACCUGUAACAAGUGCUUCCAAGCUGCAGUCACAGAGGCAUCAGCUCUAUCUGCUGAAGGACGGAGAGAGCAAUGGAGGACGUGGUGUGGUUGUGGGAUUUCUCAAAGUCGGCUACAAGAAGUUAUUUCUACUUGAUCAACAAGGUGCGCACAUAGAAGCAGAGCCGCUGUCUGUUUUGGAUUUUUACGUGGCAGAGAAUUUGCAACGACAUGGCUAUGGGCGGGAACUAUUUGAUUUCAUGUUGCAGCACAAGAAUGUAGAGCCAGUGAUGAUGGCUUAUGACAGGCCAUCUCCCAAAUUCCUGUCUUUCCUGGCAAAGCACUACUGCCUGACACAAAGUGUUCCUCAGGUCAAUAACUUUGUGGUGUUUGAGGCCUUCUUCCUCAACAGAGCAGCAACCCAGUCGAGAAAGGUUCCCCUAAGAAAGCCAGAUGGAGAGAUCAAACCCUACUCGUUAAUGGAGAGAGAAGUGGUACGUCAGGAGCAGAAGGCUCCUCCUUGGCCUUUUGUUCCUCCUCACCUUCCCCAGGAAUCAGUAUCCUCCCAGCGCUCUCAUUCCCUCAGUGUGGAGUCCUCCCCCAGCAGGGCGGCCACCCGAGCAGCUCUAGCUUCUGCCCCUGGGAGCAACAGGGAUCAGAGCCCACGGUUUCCUCUCACCGAGCGCUGCAGGGAGAAACGCACCAGUUCCCUUAACAGAUCUCAGCUGGGCUUCCAUUGACCAGCCUCUGACUGGCACCAUUGCUGCUUCCCUUUAAAGAAAUGGCUACAGUGUCUUAGCUGGAUAGAUGGGCUAGGUGUUUGUGACAUAAAAAAGGAGUCUGCUGUUGUUAAAAUGAUGAUUUGAAUCAAAUGAGGAGAUAACAGGCUUCCUUAGGCAUUAUUAAAAUGUCAUUAUCUGUGCAGCAGAGGGGAAUACGAAGGCUCUGUCCUGUGUGUUUGUUUUAGAACCAAUUAAACUACCUACUACAAAGCUAAACAUGCGAGAUCGCCCGUUUGUCAUACAACUGCCACACACACGAUUUAACCAAAGAAAAUGGUUUGUGUAAGAUUAGGCCUCACCUUCUAUUCCAAGGUCUUGUUCCCAUUCUGUUUUUUUGUUUUUUUGCAUUUGAUUUUAUUGAUGCACCCUGAAUGCAUUUAUAUAUUUUGUUAUUGCUUUGUUUUAUAAUCAUGUUCUUUACGCCCUUCGUUCCCCUAACUGUAUUUUGGCUUGAAUUUCCAUCCCUUGUACACCUGUUCUCUCUCCUUUUCACCCUGGUCUGUAUCUUUUUGUUUUUCUUCUCAUCCUCCUUGCUGGCUGUUGCUGUUUCUCUGCUACCCAACAGGGUCUAGCUGCCAGAUGCAGCCUGCACAGUUGGCACAUGGACGGCAGAGCUGUUGGAUUGCUGAACGGACAUUUGCCAGGUCCCAGCAUCUGUCACUUCCACCUUUAUCUACAUCCAAGAAGGAAAGCAGCAUAUAGACGUACCUGGAUACGGUUAUUAAAGCAUGUGGUGCAGAGAGAAUUAGGGUGAUAGACACCCCCCAGUGUCCAGCAGGAUGCAUGCUGGAUAACCAUCUGUUAGAGGAGAAGAAAAAGAAGGACAGAAGCCAGUGCGGCUGGCUGCGGACCAUAGGAGAGAACUGCUACAGCACACCGUGGGUGGAGCAGGAGUACAGGAGCACCUGGCCAUGGUGAUCAGGACCAAGCUCUGUGAGGAAUUUGGUACUGAAUUUUAGAAGCUCAGUGCUUUCAGACAAAUAUGUGCUAAAGCAGAACCUCACUGUGACCUUCAGAGGUGUUCAGUAGUAUUAAUGCAAUUCUUUCUUGGCCAAGUGCUGAGAUUUCUAACUUUAAAACCACCUGGAGCUUCCCAUACCUUUAACUCAGCAUAAUUUGAAGGACUUGCGUUGUUGGUUCCACUUUGCUUUUCUAUUGUAUUUUUUUUCCUGUCAGUCACUGUUUACACAAGGAUGGUGCUGAGCUCCUCUCCCACAUACACGUGAGCAGAAGAUGUUGAGUCACCAACCACGAUGCUCAUUAAUUCACGUGCACAAAAAACUGCCAGUAAUGCAGACUGUAUGAGCAGUUUAUCAAAGAGGUGCUGAUCAAGCAGAAAUGUGACAUCUUCAUUGCUUUGCCCGGCAUCAACUCACUUAAGUCUCUAUUUGUCUCUAAACCUGUUCAGUUGUGGGUUGGUAUGUUCCUGCACUCUGUUAAGGGCCCAAACACUCUUCUGGACAAAGACAUUCUUUCUGGUUUUCCCCUCUGGGAUAUUACUUCAUCUCUACUGCAGGAACUUACUGACCAAAAACUGAACUUGUACCCGUUGUCUUGGGUCCUUCUUUUGUUUCCAGUCUUCCGCCUACUUCAGAGACAAGAACCAGGAGGUGAAUUUCACACUAAAUCAGAUUCCAAGUACUCGUGAAGGGACAGGGUGGGUGCUCACAGGAUUGUCAUCCUGUCACAGUGUUAGCAAGCUUACUGUGGUUGUGUACUGGUUUAGUGGAUGAAGAGGGGACAGCAAGCUGACCACAGGCAGAGCUGUUGAUGAUCUCCCACUUCCCCAAAUAUACUGUGCCAAUCAAGGCUGUCAGCUGUGUGGAGAAACCCCAUUUACUUCCAGUGGUACUGGAGUGGAGGUAUGUUUCUGAGGCAAAACGUCAGCAUGUAAAACUGAAACAUGGCACCAUGCCACUGGGUUAAAUGAGAAAAUAUUUAGACUCAUCAGCUUGAUAUUCCAGGCAUGAGGAACUGCUGCUUGUCUAAUGUCAACAUCUAUGUGUUUAUAGCCACAAAGCCGAUUAUAGCCGUGUCCUUGUGGCGACAUCGGCCAAGCAGUUCUUUUAGAAGAGGACUAAACCUGAGGUUUCCAGACAUGUUGGUGCUAAACAGCAUUGUUCUGUCUUAUCCAAACAUCCAGAACCAAAAAAAGAGGAAACACACCAAAGUCCACAUUAGCUAUGAAUUGUAUUUAUACAGUGUAAUGUGAUAAAAUAGCAUACAGCAACAUUAGCAUGCAGGAUGAUGCAAAGGAUGAAGACUGUUUACCCAAGAGGACUUGUCUGAAAUGAGGUCAUGUCAGCUGAUGAAGUGGUGGGUUAAAGCAAAAUUACUGGAAUGAGCUCCCAUUAACAAACCAAUAUACAGUGCCUUGCGAAAGUAUUCGGCCCCCUUGAACUU